AUGGGCUACAGAUGGAGAAAGACCAAAUCAAACAAACAUAUUCUUAUGGAAACCCAGGAUGUUGCUUACAAACGAUUUGUAUAUUUGAGAAAAAUUCAAGAAUACCGGAAGGAGAAACGCCCCAUAGUUUUUACGGACGAAUCUUACAUCGAUUCAGCUCAUGUUUCCGGAAAAGGUUGGUCCGAUGACUCAAAUGCAGGAGUGGCGGCCCCAUUGUCCAAAGGCGAGCGACUUAUUUUUCUACACGCAGGAGGAGAAAUGGGCUUCGUGAAAAACUGUUUGACAAUGUGGAGAGCCAACAUAAAAACAGGAGAUUAUCACGACAAUGUGAACGGCAAGAUGCAUUUUAAAUGGCUGACGGAAAAAUUAAUUCCAAAUUUACCUCCUCGGACUGUUGUGGUUAUUGACAAUGCAUCUUAUCACAAUGUCCAAGUAGAUAAGUGCCCAACUUCGAAGAACACUAAAUCAGAAAUGCAAGAUUGGCUGAUACAGAAGAAUAUUGCAUUCUCAUCGUCAUCACUCAAGGUGGAGCUCUACGAGUUGAUUAGGCAACACAAACCGGCGCACAUUCGCUAUCAAAUUGACGAGAUUAUGAGAAAACAUGGACAUGACAUCCUUAGGCUCCCUCCAUAUCAUCCCGAACUCAAUGCCAUAGAGCUAAUCUGGGCUGAUGUAAAAAAACUGGGUUGCAGCUCACAAUGUGACUUUUAA